ACGGCUAAAUAAUUUCAAAUUAUUGUUUAAAUGAUAGGUUUCAUUUUGUCUGACAGCUACUGCGUUUAUAACAUAGGUGUCAUGACGUCUGUUUCCUCUAUGGCAAAUAUCAGUUGGUCACAUUUCCGUGAAAACUUACCAAUGUUUUAAGUCAGUGCGACAUAAAUGUGUAUUUUGAAUCUAGUCUCAUUAGUUGCCCCUGUUAAAUAGCGACUAUAUUUAUAAUAAAACUAUCUAAUGCUAACCUUACGGUAUGUUCUUACAGUGUGCAUGUUCAUUAAAUGUAUUUUACUUUGUACAGAUGGCCACACAUGACAGUUGGUUUCCAGCCUCAAAUCAAGAUGCAUAUGAGCAAUUGCGAAUUGUUUUGAUCGGGAAAACUAGAACAGGCAAAAGUGCCACCGGGAACACGUUGAUUGGUGAGGAUAUCUUUGAAUCUAAAGCAAGUCCCAACUCUGUUACCACGCAAUGCAAGGUUGAAACGAAAGAAAGAUUUGGCAAAAAGAUUGAGGUCGUCGACACUCCAGAACUUUUGGAUACCAAUAUGCCAUCAGACGAACUUGUGAAACAGCUCGUAUCCUGUACCCGUCUAGCUUGUCCGGGGGUCCACGCUUUCGUCAUGUUGUUUCGUAUAGGAGAUAGGUACAGUGAUGAAGACCAAAAGGUUAUUGAGUCAAUACAAUAUAUCUUUUGCAGAAAAGUUCUAAAUCAUACCGUUGUCGUUUUUACAGGAAAAGAUCGACUUGAGAGAGAUGGACAAACAUUAAACAAGUAUAUAUCUCAGCUGCCAAAAGUAUUGAGAGAUACGAUAGCUUCCUGUAAAGGGGAUCAUGUUGCCAUAUCCAACAUUGGUAGUCGUGAUGAAAGGGAAGAGGCGGCCAAAACGAUUAUAAGAAUGGUUGAAGCAAAUGUUAACCGAAAUGGAGGAGACAGCCGGUAUUACAAGACCCCAUUGUUUGAUGCAUUAUCUAAGAGUAUCGGGGAAAAGGUAGGCCAAAUUCUGGAUCGAAACGAUGGAAUCGAGGAUAAAAUCAGUCAGAUUAAGGAAGAGAUGAAACCCUUAACAGGAAAAGACGAACACAUCAAAAGACAGCGUGAAAAACUUCAGAAAAUCAUUGACUUUCUUCAAAUGAUUAUCUACAGAGAAAAUCCAGACAAGAGUGUUUGGAAAAGAAUGCGCAACUGGUUUAUACCAAUUGCAGGAUUAGUGUUGGUCAUUGCACUUUUAUUGCCGUUUCUGCAAAAACAGUACGACAAAAUAUCAAAUAAACAAAGGUUUUAAAAUCCUUGAUGUAAAAUCUCUCGGCACACUCAACGUUUGAAUGGUAGGAGUUUGACCUGUUAACCAGAGCUUGUGCCGGCAUGCAACUUUUAAACUUAAUUAUUACUGAUAACCAGUUUGCUUUAUGUUUUUUCUGACUUAAAGAAGUAUUGACAAAUACCACAUUUUCAAAACUUUUAUGCAAAUGUAUUUGAUAUGUUUUUGAGUGUUUCUAAGAUACAAUUGACACAUAGUAGCAUUUUUCGAUUAUUAGGUAAUGUUAUGCGUCUAUUUUAAAAUCAUUUCAACCGUAUUAUUUGCAGAUUAUAUGGAAUAGUUCACCUUUUGAAUCUUUAUUUAUUAAGAGAAAUAAAAAAUAAAAAAAAUAUUAUGAUUUGAAAACAUUUCAAAAAGUGCAACAUGAUAAAUAAGU